GCCGAGCCACGCCCGGCCGGGCAGUGAAGAUUAAUUUUAAAUCAGAUAAUAAUGGUCAAAAAUAAAAUUGGUGGAUAGUCCUCAACCAAAGAAUUUAAUAACUUGAACAAAGGAAAGUAUAAAUAACUUUUAGGGAAACGUGUCCGCCCCACUCGUUCCCAGCUAUUCCCACAGGUAACCAACGAGUUUCUUAUGUUUCCUUCCACAGAAGAAAAUAAUCAUGAAAUGGUACUUGGCCGUUUUCUAUUAACCAUAACAGUUUUAAUAGAUGUUUGAUAAAAAAAUUUUUGAUGAAGGGAUUAUUUCAGUUAUUUAUUCAAAAUAAAACAUAACAUGGAAAGUCCUGGAAUUUGGUAGACAACUAAUUUUAAGGAAAAAGACAUUGUCUCCCUGACCCGCUACCUUCAUGGACCUAGGUAAAAUGUCUGGUCUUAUAUUGUAUCAGUUGCAUAAAUGGUAACUUGAUUAGACCUUUUAAGCAGUGUAGUUUUAAAUUUUUAGAGUUUUAAAAUACUGAGUAUACAUUGAUAAUACCAGAUAGACUAUUUUAAACUAGAAUAUUUUAAAAUACUUCUAAUUAUUUUUAUUGGCAUUGAGCAGUUGAUUGUUAAAGAGGAAGCAAUGGGAUGCAUCAUAGAUCAGUUAUAUCAUUUUAUUUUAAACGAUUUGUUCUCAACUCUGGCUGCACAGUAGAAUCUCCUCAGGAGGUAUAAAAAUUUACUAUGCACAGGCCCUUCUAGAUUCUGACUUGAUUGGUCUAAGGCGGGGUUGGAAGCAUUUGAUAUUUUUUUCAAAAGCUCCCCAGAUGAUACUGUGCCACAAGAAUUGAGAUUAAAACUAUUGUUUUCUUCUAUUCAAAUAAUCAGGAACUUAACUAUUAAUAAGCAUUUAUUAUAUGUAUAUGUAAUUUGUUCACAGAUUCGUCUUUUAACAUUAAGUUUGCAUUCAACAAAAAUUUUCUAAUUGAUAGCAGAAAAAGGACUCAGAAGUUCAGAUUGUGAGUCAAAGGGAAACUACAAAAUCAGUCCUAUGAGACUGUGUCUGUACCUUGUGGGGUUUGGUACUAAUACUUCCAGCCAAAUAAGCACACUUACUGGGUGACCACUCUUGUCCCAGGAUAAGAGUAAAAUGUAUUCAUGUUUAAAAUUAAUAGACACUGAUUCAGAUAUAAAAAAAAUCCUUUAUCUAGAUAAAAUAUUAGCUUGAAAGCAAAAGUAACAGUAUGAGUGCACUCCAAUAUAAUACUAAUCGUAGAUGGCUCUUUUCUAGUUAAAAGAAUUUAAAAGUAUCAUCUGGUAAUAGUGGCUUCAAAGUUGAGUAAUUUGCUACUUGGGGUGCAAAAUCUCAGGCCCCACCCCAGAGCCACUGCAUCAGAAUCUGCAUUUUAACAAAAGCUCCAGUUGGUUGAUAAACAUUACAGUUUGAGAAGCACUAGUCUAAUGACUUUCAAGCUAUUUUAUAAGAACUGGUAACUUAUUUUUAAAUGAGGGAAAAUUACUCAGCUUUCCAGGGAGAAACGACUCGAGGACUGGAAGGUAACACUAUUACCUUUCUGUAGUGAGGAGCGGGUAGCACUUUGUGAAGUUUGGCAGUGACACUGGAGGCAUGCAUGUUCACGAGAGAGGUGACACCAGGUUUUUGUUGUUUAAUUUUAAUGUCUUAGAAGUGUUUGACACCUGGGAAUUUUUAAGUUUAGAUAGCUGUGCACGGAUUAUAAUUUAAACUGAUUCUAUUUAAUAAUCCUAACCACACGAAAAGAAUGUUUAACAAUUAUAAAAUUUGUAUUUUAUUUUAAAAGGAAAUUGACUUGUAGCAGAUAACUUUCUUAUAAGUCAAAGAAAGUCAGUCAUGCUCAGCCUCAGCCUGCUCGUUGUUUAGACAGCUGCAGCUGCAAUAGUAGAGUCAAGUAGCACACAGCAGUCACAGGAGGAAUCAGUGAUGAAUUGAUGCACUUUUUCUCCCUUCAUUUCUAUUAUAAUUUGUGAGUUUCUAUAGUUGGAUUCUGGCCAUAUUUUUACCAUAUGUUAAGUACUUGUUUUCUGAUACCUACAUAUCAGUUCAAUCAAUUCAUAUAGAAAUAUAUUGAGGGCAUAGCAUUGUUUGCAAAUGCUGGCAUCUGGAGAUGUCAUGGCUUCUCAGUGUGCUAAUAUAGCCAUUGUUAAGGUGUUUGAUGUUAGAAUCUGACUUCUUAAUGUGUCAAUGCUUGAUUAGAGCUAUUCUCAAGCUGGAAUAACUGAGACUGCCAUUGUUAAGGUGUUUGAUGUUAGAAUCUGACUUCUUAAUGUGUCAAUGCUUGAUUAGAGCUAUUCUCAAGCUGGAAUAUCUGAGACUGACUGGACAAGUGGAUCUUCAAAAGGCGGACCUCUGCAGGCAUUAACUAGGGAAUCCACAAGAGGGUCAAGAAGAACUCCGAGGAAAAGGGUGGAUACUUCAGAACAUUUUCGUAUAGAUGGUGCAAUAAUUUCAGAGAGUACUCCCAUAGCUGAAACUAUAAUGGCUUCAAGCAACGAAACCUUAGUUGUCAAUAGGGUGACUGGAAAUUUCAAGCAUGCAGCUCCUAUUCUGCCAAUCACUGAAUUCUCAGACAUACCCAGAAGAACACCAAAGAAACCAAUGACAAGAGCUGAAGUGGGAGAAAAAACAGAGGAAAGAAGAAUAGAAAGGGAUAUUCUUAAGGAAAUGUUUCCCUUUGAAGCAUCUACACCAACAGGAAUUAGUGCUAGUUGUCGCAGACCAAUCAAAGGGGCUGCGGGGCGGCCAUUAGAAUUCAGUGAUUUCAGAAUGGAGGAAUCUUUUUCAUCUAAAUAUAUUCCUAAGUAUAUUCCUUUGGCAGAUGUCAAGCCUGAAAAGACAAAAAAGGGACGCUCCAUUCCCAUGUGGAUAAAAAUUUUGCUGUUUGUUGUUGUGGCCAUUUUUUUGUUUUUGGUCUAUCAAGCUAUGGAAACCAACCAAGUAAAUCCGUUCUCUGGUUUUUAUCCUGGUGACUCCAAAAGUCUCAACUGAAUGGUAUCUCUUUGGCACACUCAACUUGGUCUCCUAUUUUUAAUAAUCAUAUAAAAACACAUUUGUGUACACUUGUUGACGCAAGAGCUAAAUAUAAUGUGAUUUCACCUCAAUAAAUGUAGUAUUCCAUUGAAAAGCAAAAAAGAUAUAUAAAUGGACUUCAUUUAAAUGUUUUGGACUUUGGACUAGUAGGAGAUCACUUUGUGCCAUAUGAAUAACCUUUUUUAGCUCUCGAACUUUUUUGUAGGCUUUAUUUUUUUAAUGUGGGCAUCUUAUUUCAUUUUUGAGAAAAAUGUAUAUUGUUUCUGUGUAUUUGGGAAACAAGAAGGGCAAAAUGUAUAAUGUGAAGCUACACAUUUAAAUACUUUGAAUUCUUACAGAAAAGAUUUAAGAAUUAUUCUCUGCUGAAUAAAAACUUUAGAGAUAUGUGAAACAUGAAAUUCGGUAAGAGAAAAUAACUUGGGGUUGUACUUUUUGUAACAGCAACAAAGUUCAGUGGUGUUUAUGAGGAAAAGUACAGCAAUAAUCUCUUCUGUGACUUUUAUUAAUAGUAAUGCUAUUGUAGCCCUAUUGUACUCACUUUUUAAAAGAUUUCUAGUAUCAUGAAUGUCCUACUUCAGUAAGACCCAUUUAAAUACAGCUGAAUUUUAGCAGGGAUCUUUUAGUGCAACAUAUAUGUACAUGUUUUAGAGAACUGUUAGCUGGCUAUACCUGUUUUUUAAAGCUGUUUAGCUAGCUAGAAGGCUAUAAUUGGAAACCUGUACUUUUUAUUUACAGCUAAAAAUAUUGUCAAUCCAAUUUGCUACCAAAAUAUUUUUUAGAUAAAUAAGUGUGUGUCUGUUUAGAAGUUAGAAACUUUACACACUGGUCUUAGCUUCAUUUGGAUUCCUUAUUGCGUUGUCCUCUGUUACCAAAAACAAAUUUUGCCAAGUGUUUUUGCCCUCUAUUUCCCAACAUAAUUUGAUUUUAAAGUGCAGAAAGUAUUUGCUUUUAAAUUACAUAAACUUUCCUUGGAUACACAGUGAAUAUAUGAAUUUGUGAACUCUGAAUAUGAGGUGGGCAUUAUGAUUUUUGUGUACUCUUGAAGUGGUUAACUUUAUCUUUGUGGUUGAUUUAUUUUUUUAGCUAAAACUUACCUCAUGUAUAACUUGGUUAAUUAAUUGAAAUUUCAAUAGAAUCAAGUAAAACAAAAACUUUAAACUUACUCAUUUGAGUUGCUAAUUUUGCAGUCUUUGACCAUAAAGUACACUAAAACUGUAAGUUAUUUUAAAAUAUCAUCUGAAAUAAAAAGAUACUUUGAAAAAGGGAAAGAGCUGAAAGUGUAUAUUUAGACCAGCACACAAUUUUGAUUUGAAUUAGCCCUAUUGUGAUAUUUAGCUUGUAGAUAUUUUGUAGACAUUUUUCACUUGGCAUUUUACCAGAAAUGUUUAUAGGCCUGGUACUGCAGAGGGAGUGCAAAACACUCCUAGGUCAGAAAUGCUUGCCUCUGAGUAAAAGUGUUUCUUUGAGAUGAGCCACACAGGGGGCACAUUUUACUCAACUUUUCUGCUGUAAGGUAAUAGCAAUCUCAUUUUCUUUGUUUUUAAACUUUCCCAUUUUGUUUUCAAUCUUUUGUUUAUAGUUAGAAAUUGUGAGAAGCUGCAUUCAAAGUUUAAAAAUGUGGGAUGAUAAAUCAGACUUUCUAUGUAUGUAAGAUCAAUUUUCUAAUAGGAAAGGUAUGGUCCAAAAUAGCAAAAGUAGGACCAGGUAAAACUUUUUUUUUUUUUUUUUUUUUUUUUUCUCCAAUGUGUAUUUGGUCUUUUGUCUGUGUCUGUUUUAUUCCACUAGAAUUAAUGUGUCCUUGAUGUAAAUGCAAAGCAUUUCUUCCUGAUUAAACUGUAGAUGUAGAGUUUACAAUAUGAUUCAACAAUAAAAAAGUAGUUAACCUCUA